GCUGGAGGCCCCGAAGAAGCAGAGAUACGCAUCACUGGACGCCCGGCACAAACGGUCACUUUAUCAGGGACCUUGUGCUUUUCUGCUCCAAGAAUAUCGCAACUCGCACUCUGCACAUGGACGGCAUUAACAAGUACAACGAAUUUGUGGCGCUGCACAAGCCGCAGCUGGAAUCCUCUGCGAUUCCGGUGCACUUUUGGCCAGCCCUCUACCGGAAACUGGCCACGGACACCUUCGACGCCGGCGAGGCACUGCAGCUGAUGCUGAUUGACUACGACGACGACGAUGCGGAGCAGAAUCCCGCCGAGGAUGACGACAGUCCCAAUCCGGUGUUCGCCUUGGGCGUGGCCCGGGAGCAGGGCGUGCAGGCGAAGGAUCCGCAGGCCAUCUACCUGGUCGAUCACGCCUGGACAUUCCGGCUAAACAGCGCCCGGCAGCAGUUGGAGCAGCACUCGCAACUGGCCGACCGACUGUCGGCCAUCACUGGCGUGGAUCUGGAGCUGGAGAACCGGGUGGAUAAGAUACUGCGCCGCCUGUGGAAGUACUGCCAGGCCUACUCCCUUGGCAGCGAGGGUCUGUCGGAUGAGGAUCGCCAGCCCAUCUGGUAUGUGAUGGACGAGGUUGGCUCGGCGGUGAACCACUCGGAUGAGCCGAACUUUCGGCUGGUUCCGCUGCUCUACCUGAACACCCAGACCACGUACAGUGUGCUCUUCCCGAUCCGGGACUGCGAAGUGGGCGAUCAGGUCACCCGCGAUGCGGUGGAGUACGUGGCCAAGGAGGCGCCGCAGCGGGCUGCGCUGCUCCUGCCGUGGCGCGAUGCGGAUCUAACUGGCGAGAGCUUCUUGCAGGUGGAGCCCUCACCAGAUUACUUCAUAAGCGGUCACAUCCCGGAGACGUAUCCCAAGGACAAUACCGAUCCCCUGCCGGCCAGGUCACGAUGCGAUCCCCUGAAGGUCUACGCUGAAUACGAGGUGGUGCGUCAGCAUCUCACUUCGCCCGAGUUCAUCCUGGUUGCCAACGAAGACGAGGCGGAUGUCCUCUGGCUCACACAUCACUUUAAGAACUUUGAGGAGUUGGCUGAUCAAUCGCCCGGCAAGUUUAUCAACCAGUUUCCGUUCGAGUACGUCAUCACCGUCAAGGAUCUGCUCAGCAUUGUCGGCCGAAGGGCGGCCAAGGAGCACCACAAUGGCCUUACGCUGGAAACGUAUCCCAGUUGGCUCCCCACCACCUAUAAUUUGGCCACGGAACUCCGUCAGUUCGCCGCCUAUUACCAAACGAGGGCAGCCAAAGGCCUCGACAAUCACUGGAUCAUCAAGCCCUGGAAUUUGGCUCGCGGCCUGGACACCCACAUCACGGACAACAUCAAGCAGAUUGUGCGUCUGCCGGCCACUGGACCUAAGAUCGCCCAGAAGUACAUAGAGCGACCGGUCCUCUUCAGUCGCGAGGAGUUGGAGGGGCGCGUCAAGUUCGACAUUCGCUAUGUAAUCCUCCUGAAGUCCGUUAAACCCCUGAAGGCCUAUGUGCACCGCAAGUUCUUCCUGCGCUUCGCCAAUCAUCCCUUCUCCCUGGACCACUUCGACGACUACGAGAAGCACUACACGGUGAUGAACUACCAGGAGGAGGCGCAGCUGCAUCACGUGAAGUGCGACGACUUCCUCGCCCUCUGGCAGGAACAGUAUCCGGAGAACAGUUGGUCGGCGCUGGAGCAACAGAUCUGUGAAAUGCUCCACGAGGUGCUGCAGUGCGCCAGUCAAGCAGAUCCACCCUGCGGACUGGCUCCUUGUGCCCAAUCCCGAGCUCUGUACGCAGCCGACAUCAUGCUGCGGUGGAAGGACGGUGGGGAGAAGGUGAUGGAGCCGCAGCUGCUGGAGAUCAACUGGACACCCGACUGCAAACGCGCCUGCGACUACUAUCCCGACUUCUUCAACGACAUUUUCCGGCUGCUCUUCCUGGACGAGGACAACGACGACAGCUUUCGGCUGCUGACAGCAGACAACUAACAAUAAACACGGUUUCGUAAUGCUUAA